CUUCCUCUUCCUGUGUUGGUUAUGGAUACGUCACUUACCCGCGUCUGUUCAACAGCCCACUGUGUUUGGCGGGAGUGACUCGAGAGAAGCAGCUGCUCCAUCGUGAAGUCGCCACCAUGCAGUUUUCAGGCAGAAGAAGGAAGGUGAUCACAAGCCCUCAGGUGGAGCUCUAUGGACAGGCUCUGCAGUUCUAUGGGCAGCCUCCUCUGGAGAACAUGUCUCUCUCUGAAUUCGAGUCAUUUGCUGUGGACCGACUGAAAUUGUUAAAGACCAUUGAGAAUUUGGGAGUGAGCUACGUGAAGCUGUCUGACGACUACAAAAGGAAACUGGACAAUGAGUCUAGAAACCUGAACUUUCCUUACAGACCAGAUGCUGUGCCUGAUGACAGAAAAUCUCAGGUCGGACCAAGUGAAUAUGAGAAACGAAGAAAGGAUCAUAUCUCCCACUUCAUUCUCAGGCUCGCCUAUUGCCAAACGGAAGAUCUCCGGCGGUGGUUUAUACAACAGGAAGUCGAUCUUUUCCGCUACCGCUUCAACGGGCUGCAGCCCAAACAAAAGGUGGAAUUCCUGCACAAAAAUAAUCUGCAAUAUGACACCAUUAGUGUCGAGGAGAAGAAGACUCUGCAGGAUAAACUCGUCAACUCCAGUCACAACGUCAGUGGAAUCACCGUCGAGGAUCAGGACUUCUACAAAGUUCCAUUUCAAGAUGCCCUGGAUCUAGUGAGAACAAGGAAGGUGUACCUCAAAGCCGGCUACGUGUACAUCCCCCACCAGGACAUUGUCGCCAUUGUUCUCAACGAUUUUCGCACCAGGCUUUCGAAGGCUCUCGCAUUGACAGCCCGCUCGCUACCCGCAGUGCAUUCUGAUGAACGGCUCCAGCCUCUCCUUAACCAUCUCAGUCAUGCCUACGUGGGACAGGAUUACAGCAUCCAGAAGAACGUCGGCAAGAUCUCCUUGGAACAAAUUGAUUCACUUUCAGUGAAGUCCUUCCCGCUGUGCAUGAGGCAGUUGCACCAGGCUCUCCGAGACAGCCACCACCUGCGUCAUGGAGGCCGUAUGCAGUAUGGCCUCUUCCUCAAAGGCAUUGGCCUCUCUCUGGAGCAGGCGCUGCAGUUCUGGAGAUCAGAGUUCAUCAGAGGCAAAGUGGAUGCAGACAAGGUUUUUGUGAACGUGUCCUAGAGUGUGGGGGGAUGUUUGCAGCCGACGUAGCCCCGUGAGCCAACAUGUGCACCAGAGGAGCUGCAGCUUUGCACCUUUUUUCAAUGCGUGGCCUGUGCUCGUGCUCAGAGACUUCACUCCGAUUUUCUCAAUUCCAUCAGUUUUAGAGGUCAGCUGUACUAAGAGUAUGUCCAGGCCUAUCUGAAGUGUAUGAACACUUUGGUUGUUAGAAGCGCCCAGAAUAUCAAAUUCAAUUUAAAGGAGUUGCAUCGCUAAAAAAAUAAAUAAAAGGGACAUGGUGAUAACAAAUUUGAACUGCACCCUGCAACAUCUCGGCACUGAGGUGAUUUGAAUAUUGCUUUGAGGGGAAAUCGAAUAUUGAAUCCACUUGAAUCUCAUCUUUUAUUAUUUAUUAUUUUAAUUUUUAAGGAUAACCCAGUACAUGUGAAAUGCCUGUUUUGCUGUCUUUGAAUUUAUAUGACAUUUUUAUCUUUAAUACCACGUUUGACAAAAAAACCUCAGGCUUCCUCAGUUUGGAAGAAAGAAUGUUCAUAGUCUUUGUAUCACUUUUUAGAUCACAUGGGAUCUUUUUAUGUCCCAAUUACAGUAUUUCACAUACAUACAUAUUAAACACUCUUCAGUGUCGGCGGAGUCCCGGGAAUCGUUUUAAUAGACUAGGGGGAGGUCUUAAAUCAGAAAACCGCCUCUUAAAAAUCCUUAGAAGCUCUACAUAAUUAAUAUUUGAUUUAUUGUACUUAAAGAAGAUUUUAUGGUUUUUUAAAGUGCCUUUGCAGCUUGUCACAUUAGCAAGUUCGGGGGUUUUAUUGCAACAUUAAUGUGUUAUGAUGGGUGCAGUCAUGGUGAUUGUGUUCUGCCACUGCCGAAGCGCACUGUGUGGAUUUUACUGUUUGAUUUUUAGAGGCAGGGUCGCUGUAAUUCAUUUUUAACGGCUGCACAGAAAUACAGAACAUAUAAAAGCAGUUCACUGUGGAGAUUUUUUGUAGAAUGACCCCCAUCAAAAUGUAUGAGGGCUUUUUUGGUUUGGAACAAACUGGAUUGAAUAUAGUGUGAAGCUCCGCAGACGUCUGGCACUUUUAAACUUUAUUGAUGCACUUCACUCGCGUCCUUGACUUUGAUGUUUUGCUUGUCAGGGCGGUGCGUAGAGAUUUUCCAGAUAUUAAAGCAGAGACUUGCAAAGUUUGUUUGAAUUCAAACCCUGCUGCAGUGUGGUCACGGAUGAAUUGAAUACAACCAGAGGAGGUCCAGCUCAGUCUGGCUGAAUGGAGCCUGCUAAUACAUUUGUUUGUCAGAAGUAACUCGGAGCUGCGCUAUAAAUCAAAAAAAAAGGGCCAGAGAUAUAACCUCCUAAUUCAUCUUUUAAAAACCAGGUACAAUCUUCCAGUUAAUAGAAUGUCAGAAAAUGGUGACAGAUGUCCACCCUCACAAUAUCUUAAAAUGAAAUAAAAACAUCUCAUCACGCUCAUUCUAUUCAAAACCCAAACAUACUGUAUCAGCAGCCAAAGAAUGGGAAAGAAGAAAGUAAUUUUUCGCGGGCCAGUUAUCUAGUCUUUGAUUUUAUUGUGGAAAUGAUUUGGGCCUCAGAGAAGAUUAAAUGGGAAAUGUCUUGUCCUGUUAGUGGAACUGCAAACAUCUCGUAGACAUCUUAAAUGUGAGAAGGAGCCCACACUAUGCUCUGCUUUUCUUCUAACUGGAAAUUGCAGCUUUCACUUAAACGUAGAGACAUAAAAUGUUCAGUAUUUUUGCUCUGAAAUGUGAUGCAGUACAAAUACUGAACUUAAUUUCCGAUCAAUUUGUAGCUCUAAACUGUACAAUCCCAUAUUAAUGUGGAUCUCGCCUACACAAAUGCCGAUAUACAGUUAAACGAGAGCUGGUGAUUAACUUGACCAUGUACUGGUACGCUGUGUUAGGAUUUCCAUUUUUGCUAUUCAAAAGCUACUCUUCACUGCGUGUCAAAGAACUCUUUGCAGGGCAAGGGCCAGAGGCGCUGAGAGGGAAAGAUGGCUGUAUUACGCUGCCCAUAUUUCAGCAGCCUCCAGCGUGGCGACACCUCUACAGCAG